AUGGCCCAGCAACAAAUUCCUUUUCUCCAUGCGCCGUUCAAGCGUACCGAUGAUGUCGAUUGGAUUCUACCUCUCAAACGCUACAUUUCCCAAGUCUAUCAGGAUGACGCUGAAAAGUACAAUGAGGAGACAUUUACACUGAAUCGACUUCGACAAGAUAUACGCGGUGCUGGCAAGGACUUGACUGGACGCGACUUGCUAUAUCGUUACUUUGGUCAACUCGAGCUUCUCGACUUGCGUUUCCCUGUGGAUGAGAAGCAUAUCAAGAUUCUGUUUACAUGGUACGAUGCGUUCAACGGGCGACCCACUUCACAGUAUUCUCUUGCGUAUGAGAAGGCGAGCGUGAUCUUCAAUACAGCAGCGACCUUAUCAGCCAUUGCAGCUAUACAGAACCGAGCUGAAGCCGAAGGACGUAAACGAGCAUUCAACUACUUCCAAGCAGCAGCCGGCAUGUUUCAAUACAUCAACGACAACUUUCUUCACGCGCCAUCACAAGAUUUGCAUCGUGAUACGGUCAAGAUGUUGACAGAGUUGAUGUUGGCACAAGCACAUGAAUGCUUUUUGGAGAACUCGUUACGUGAGAAGAAAAAGGAUGGCUUGAUUGGCAAAUUGGUGAGCCAUGCUGCGUGGGUCUAUGGCAGUUUGAUCGAUGAUAUUCAAGAAUGCAUUGCUCGUGGUGUGGGUGUGGAACGUGCUUGGCUCUUGGUCUGCCAGGUGAAGCACAAGUAUUAUCAAGCUUUGGCUCAACAACAUCGUGCGGCUGCUUGCGAACAAGAUAAUGCGUAUGGUGAACAAGUAGCACGUCUUUCAGCAGGUGAAACGGCUGCCAAGGAAGCGGGCAAAAUUGCCAAUGGCGGUGGAUGGUCAGCUCUGGUUCAAUCGAGCACAACAAUGCCAGCAGAUACUGUAUCCGUUCUUCAAGAAUCAUGCAAAGCAUUGGCAGCAUCCUUAGCUGAAAAGCAUACCAUGGCAGCACGUGAUAAUGAUAUGAUCUACCAUGACAACGUCCCCAAGGAAUCGAUCCUCACGCCCAUUGAUCGUCUCAAGGCCGUCAAGACGGUGCCCAUUUCCGAAUUAUAUGGCCCCAAUGAAGCAAGUCGAGUUAUUGGUGGCGACAUCUUUUCACGUUUGAUCCCGCUCAGUGUCCAUGAAAGCGCAUCCAUGUAUUCAGAAGAGAAAGCAAAACUCGUCCGUGCCGAAGCUGAUCGAUGUGAUCUGGCAAAAGCAGAGCUCAAUGCAUCUCUUGAGUACAUGCGUCUACCACGUUCCUUGGAUAAGUUCAAGCAACCACAACAACAUGGCGCCAAAGCUGAUAGUGCUAUCCUUGAUACCUUUGCUGUUCCUUUACCUGAAGCACGUGAAUGGGCUGAUAAGAUCGCACAAGAGGAAUCCACCAGCAAUAGCACCACGUUGCAUGAAUUGAUACAAACAUUGGGAGGCCUCAAAUCCCGUGCAUCACAAAUGUUGGAUCAAACAUCAUUAUCAUUGGAUCAAGAGAUGCGUGAAUGUGAAUCCAUGCGAGCAAAAUACGGAGCCGAUUGGAGCCAAGAGCCUUCAGGUGCUUAUACCGGUGACUUUCGACAGGAUUUGAGAAACCAUCGUGAAUCUCUCAGCAGUGCGUCUCAAUCGGAUACUCAGCUUUUGCAUGCGUACGAAGUAGUCUCAAAGGACGUGGAUAUCCUCAAGCAAGGUGGCAAGAGCAAUGCAUUAGAAGCUGUUUUUGCUGAAAAGAUGGUCAACCUUUUCGCUGAAAAGUCAUCCAGCAAGGCCGAUAGUCUCUUGGAUUUGGAAUUUGAUGUUGGGAUUGCGAGCAAGAGUAUGGAUGUCAAGGUGAAGCGUGUUGAGGAUGCUUUGGAUAAGCUGCGCAAGAUCGAGAUUGAGCGACAGGAGACGCUGCAAGAUUUAAAGGAAAAGGCAAUGCAAGAUGACAUUUCACAGCUUUUGGUGUUGAACAAAAAGACCGUCAAUGUCGAGCAACAGAUCUUCACCACCGAGCUUGAAAAAUUCCGCCCGCACCAACAGCGUAUUGCCACAUCCAUUCACCAACAGCAACAAGGGAUCCAGGAGUUGACUGCUGCAUUCAAGGCACUUAUGGAAGGAGAAGAUGCACAAAAGCUCCAAUCACGUUGGGACGCUGCUGAACGACAACGUCGCAUUGUUAUGGAUCAACUGGGACAGGCUCAUCAUCGUUAUUUUGAAACUAAAAAUGGAAUCAGAAAGGGGAUCGAGUUUUAUUCCAGCUUGUGUGAUGUGAUUGAGUCCCUUACUCGCAAUGUCAACAAGUUCACUGCAGAGCGUGGUCAAGAGCGAGACAAGUUGGUGGAGAGGAUUGAAAGUAGCCGUAGCACCAAGGAACAGGAGAUGCUCAAGGAAAAGCUAAGCAAGUACACCACUGCUACCACACCAUCAGCUCCAACAGUGCCUCAAAUCGAUACCAGCCCAUCGGUCACCCAACUGGUUGAUAAGACUCGUGAAAUGACCCUUGGUGGAAACAAUACCAAUAAUGUGUAUGGCCCACAGCCAACAGCAUCUCCUUUGACACCUUCAACCUAUUCCACCCAAUCUCAACCUUAUUCAACUACCUCGGCUCAGCCCGCACCUUAUACCAAUUUUGCAUUGCCACAGCAACAACAGCAGCAACAACAGCAACCGUACCCGUUGCCUCAAUCUCAACCACCACCGCAGCCACAGCAACCACAAUCAGAGACACUCCAGCGUGCGCCAUCAUACUCUUCCAAUCCAGCUGCUACUUCGUAUCCUGCAUUAUCGACAUCUUCUUAUUCGUAUGCACAAAGCAGUCCUGUUGUACCUCCUCCUAUGCCACCAAAGGAGAACUUUAAUAGGGCACCACCACCAUUACAGCAAACGAUGCCUUAUCCACCCAACAACAUGUAUGGUGGUAAUACGACAAUGCCUGUUCCAAUGUCACCAUCCACACCCAUGAUGCCUCAACAGCAGCCAGCACAACCCUAUUCUCAGCGUUAUCAGCAACCUGCUGUAUCCAUGCCAACACAAAGUACGCCUACAUCUUAUUCGUUUCCUCAGCAACAGCAACCACAGCAACCACCUCCUCUUCCAAGCAAGCCUCCUCAGAUGCAAACACAGCCAUUGUCAUCUCCUGUAACUUCGACAACACCAAGUUAUUAUCCAAUGUUGUCAUCCUCUGCCAUCUCUGGUUAUCGACAGCCACAGCAACAGCAGCAACAACAACCUCCUCCUCCUCCACCACCACCAUUACCACAACAGCCACAACCUUACAUGGGUGCUUCCUCUCAUCCUCCUCCUCCAAUCAAUGCUCAACCUCAACAACAACCUUUAUCCGGAGCACAACCACCUCUACCAGCAGCUCCUCCUCAGUAUCAACAAAUGCAACAACCACCACCAGCAGGAUACUGGCAACAGCAACCGCAACAGCAACAGCAGCAGCAACCUUACCCCACUAACAUGGGUCAAUCGUACAAUACCAGCAAUGGUGGCGGUUCUCUCUUGGAUUAG